AGGUUGGAUGACUUGUUGGCCGGGGCUGUGAUGGAGUCGGAUUGGGAUGUGCUGAGAGUGGGGGGAGCGGUUACCGCCACGUGCCUGCUGCUGUGGGCGACUUGGGGGCCGGGCUACACAGUCUAUGCUUACCUGCUGCCCAUACGCCGGGGCAAGCCCUGGCUCCGGGCGCACAGAGCCUGGGCAGGUGAGGAAGGAGGACUCCGAGGCAUCAGCAAGGCUUAUGCACAUGAGCUCGCCGGGAGAGGUCUGAACAUCGUCCUCAUCAACGACCUGAGCAAGUUGGAGCACGAGGCAAAGGCGUUAGACGGGCUUCAUGGCAAAAGCACACGAGUCACCCAGGUGGAUUUCACCGGAGGCUUGGAGAUCUACGAGGCCAUUGAGGCAGGACUGAAGGACCUGGAGAUCGGAGUACGGAUAAGCAAUGUGGGCAAGCAAUAUGCACCUGGCUUGAGGAAACUGCUCGACUGUGAGGACAUCGCCAAAAAAUUCUUGGAUGUUAUAAACUGCAACAUGAUGUCUGUGGUCCAGAUGACUAUACUCGUCCUGCCCCAAAUGGUCACCAGGGGCAAAGGUAUCAUCAUCAACAUAUCUUCAAUAACUGCCAGGAGCCCCUAUCCAUUUGCAGCAGUGUAUGCAGCCACCAAGGCCUUUGUGCGAAGCUUCUCCGUAGCAGUGGGCGCAGAGUACCACUGCGAGGGGGUCAUUGUGCAAACAGUGAGCCCCUUUUUGGUUGAAACAAAUCCCUUGAAAAGCGGGCUGCUCGUGGUGAGUUCCGAGGACUUCGCUUGGCAGGAGUUGGACACACUUAACCCCUGA